AUGCGACAACCUCUGGAACAGAUGGAUAAAAGUAAGUACUGCGCCUACUAUAGGGAUUAUGGGCAUACCACUAAUGAUUACAGGUCCCUUCGGCGACAGGUGGAAACCAUGAUAGCUAGAGGAAACCUAACAGGCUAUGUCGGGCUGAAGGAGCAAACAAGGCCGAAGGAGGUAAAUCCUUGUAAAUUGGAAGGCAAUCAAGUGAAGGUCAUUCACGCGAUACAUAAAAAUUCAGAGGAAGAUCAGGAGUCAGAAGAGGUGUACCACUCCAGAUUGAGAGCAAUCCAUAAGCUGAGGAAGUUAUCCUCAGUUAAUACCAUCACCUCGGGCAGUAUUAGGAUCAGGUUCAGAGAUAAAGAUCUGUCCAGAAUACAGCUUCCCCACGAAGAUCCACUCGUCAUUAGCCUUCUGGUAGCAAACUGCAUGAUUAAAAGAGUCCUAGUAGACCCUGGCAGCAGCACUAAUAUUAUAACUAAGGCAGUCUUUGAGCAAUUGGAGAUCCCAUCAUCGUCAAUUAGAACCACUUCUAGCCUUUUAUUGGGUUCAAUGGAAUGA